AUGACCUCAAACAUCGCCGAGCUGCUCAACUCAAUGUUGCGCGACGAAAGAGAGUAUCCAGUGGCGGCCAUUUUCAAUUCGAUUGCACAUAGAUUUCGAGAAAUAUUCAGAAAGAGGUAUGUGGAGGUGGAUAAUUCAAAGACAACCUUCGUUCCCGUAGCCGAGAAGAUGUUGAGAGAAAACAUGACCAAGGGGGAUAAAUUAUAUGUGAACAACAUAAAUGGAAGCACCAAUGAAUUCACUGUGCUUGGCUACGGUCGUUCCGCAAAAGUUAAUCUUUCGAGACGAUCAUGUUCUUAUAGAAAGUACGACUUGGUGAAAUUGCCAUGCGAUCAUGCAAUGGCAGCGUUGCGUUUGAAGCAUGGGGACGAAUACGACACUAACAUUUACAACUACUCUUCGCAAAUAUAUUCGAAAGAAUCAUACCUCCUUGCAUACUUGGAACCUAUUUGUGCAGCACCACUUGAGUCGGAGUGGAGUGUGGAGUGA